GCCCCUCUAAUUCCUAGAACAACUCUUCAAAACUGGUCAGUGGUCAUCUACCUCUUCCUCUCGUCAGUCGUCACUUCUCACUAUUUCUACAUUGGACUCCACAACCGAACAUCACCAAAAGUCAACAAACCCAAAAACAAAAACAAAAACAUUAAACCUCAAAUCGAAACAAUGAGAUGUUACAAAGGAUCAUCCAUUCUCGCCACCGGUCAUCACCCAUUUUUCUAUAAACGACCAAUCUCCUCUCUACCCGCUUCUUUCCCUUCUACUACCCUCUCUUACCCAACCCGAAACCGUUUCUUAUCAACCCGGAUCCAAGCCCGUCUCAUUCACGACGACCCGGUAAAACAAUCGGAGGAUUUGAGCUUCUACGAUCUCCUCGGCGUCACCGAAUCCGUUAGUCUCCCGGAAAUUAAACAGGCGUAUAAACAGCUUGCUCGAAAGUAUCAUCCCGAUGUUUCGCCGCCGGAUCGGGUCGAGGAAUACACAGAUCGGUUUAUUAGGGUUCAAGAAGCUUACGAGACUCUCUCGGAUCCUAGCCGGAGAGUUCUCUACGACAGAGAUUUGUCUAUGGGAUUCUCAUUUUCGUUCUCAGGACGACGCCGGAAUCGAUACCAUGAGGAAGUGGUGGACGAGAAGAGUGAGUGGAAGAAAAAAUGGCAAACUCAGCUCUCAGGGCUAAAGAAAAGAAGCAAUCAAAGAGACAACAACUCCAUGUCUUGGGCUGCUAGAAUGCGCCGUCAACAUCACACGUCUGAAGAUUCUUCUUCUUAACCCACAACCACCAUAUCUCGACUCCUUAAUUUAUAGUAGGUUUUUAAAUGGUUGGUGUGUGAUACCGAAAGCAUAGCAUAAUUAACUACAAAUAUGUAUAUAUGUAUAUAUAAUCCUUUUGUGUGCCUAUAACAAUCUGCCAGCACAUCAUAAACCCUAAUCACUAAAUAAGUUUCUUUUGCUUGUGGUC